AUGCACUUGCCUCCAACCGAUGUCGGGGCAGGUCAGUUGGUCUACAAGCUCGGCGAUGUGCCGAGUGUGGCUGUCACCAUUGAUGUGGACUUUGUGGAGGAAGGGGAUAGAUGUUUGGGAAGGUUUUCGGUAACUAUGAAGCUCUUACUUCUCUCUGCCCUGGUGGCCGUCGCCCUCUCUCAUCCUCUGGAAGUGUCCGAGGAAGAUCAUGCCCAAUGGGAACUGUUCAAGGUGGCCCACGAAAGGGAAUACGAUACACCAGAAGAAGAAGAGACCAGAAAGAAUAUUUUCCUGGAAAACCUGCAGUUUGUACGAGAGCACAAUGAAAAGUUUGAAAAUGGCGAAGUUUCUUUUGAUGUUGAAAUCAAUAAAUUUUCCGAUUUGACCACCGAGGAGUUCGUGACCAUGAUGAAUGGCUACAAGCGCCUAGAGAAACACGAGAGGACUGGAGAUGCCUUCGAUGACUCAGAGAACGUCAAGCUCCCUAAGAACGUGGACUGGAGGAAGAAAGGAGCUGUCACUGAAGUCAAGGACCAAGGACUUUGUGGAUCUUGCUGGGCUUUCAGUGCUACUGGAAGUCUCGAGGGUCAACAUUACCUGAAGACUAAGAAGCUGGUGUCACUCAGUGAACAGAAUCUUAUGGACUGCUCAACUGCUGAAGGAAACAAAGGCUGUCGCGGUGGUCUCAUGGAUAACGCUUUCAUUUACGUGAAAAAGAACAAGGGCAUUGACACAGAGGCAUCUUACCCCUACGAGGGUUACAAAGACACUUGCCGCUACAACCCCAAGAACAAGGGAGCCACCGACAAUGGAUAUGUUGGUAUUACCUCAGGCAGUGAGAAGGCUCUCCAGAAGGCUGUGGCCACGGUUGGGCCGAUCUCAGUCGCCAUUGACGCUAACCACACGUCCUUUAAACACUACAAGAGUGGAGUGUACCAGAAUCCCGACUGUUCUUUUAUAGUUCUGGACCACGGAGUUCUGGCUGUUGGCUACAGCUCAGCCAAGAAGGGCGGCGCCUACUGGCUGGUGAAGAACUCCUGGAGCAGUGACUGGGGCAUGAACGGCUACGUCAUGAUGGCCAGGAACCACAAAAACAUGUGCGGUAUUGCCACUGAUGCCAGCUAUCCCAAGGUUUCAUUAUUUCCUUUGUAUAACAAUGAAACUCUUACUUCUCUCUGCCCUGGUGGCCGUCGCCCUCUCUCAUCCUCUGGAAGUUUCCGAGGAGAUCAUGCCCAAUGGGAACUUUUCAAGGUGGCCCACGAAAGAGAAUACGUUACACAAGAAGAGGAACUGAAGAGAAUGACUAUUUUCCUGGAAAAUCUGAAGUUUGUACGAGAACACAAUGAAAAGUUUGGAAAGGGUGAAGUUUCCUUUGAUGUGGAAAUCAAUAAAUUUUCGGAUUUGACCACCGAGGAGUUCGUGACCAUGAUGAAUGGGUACAAGCGCCCAGAGGGACUUGAGAGGACUGGAGAUGCCUUCGACGACUCGGAGAACGUCAGGCUCCCUAAGAACGUGCACUGGAGGAAGAAAGGAGCUGUCACUGAAGUCAAGGACCAAGGACUUUGUGGAUCUUGCUGGGCUUUCAGUGCUAGUGGAAGUCUCGAGGGUCAACACUACCUGAAGUCUAAGAAGCUGGUGUCACUCAGUGAACAGAAUCUUAUGGACUGCUCAACUGCUGAAGGAAACAAUGGAUGUCACGGUGGUCUCAUGGAUAAUGCUUUCAUUUACGUGAAAAAGAACAAGGGCAUUGACACAGAGGCAUCUUACCCCUACGAGCCUAAAUUACAAACAUGUUUUUAUUUACAGAGUGACACUUGCCGCUACGACCCCAAGAACAAGGGAGCCACCGACAAUGGAUUUGUUGACAUCACCUCAGGCAGUGAGAAGGCUCUGCAGAAGGCUGUGGCUACGGUUGGGCCGAUCUCAGUCGCCAUUCUGGCUAAACACACUUCCUUUAAACACUACAAGAGUGGAGUGUACAAGGAUCCCGACUGUUCUUUAAUAGUUUUGGACCACGGAGUUCUGGCUGUUGGCUACGGCUCAGCCAAGAAGGGCGGCGCCUACUGGCUGGUGAAGAACUCCUGGGGAAGUAACUGGGGCAUGAACGGCUACGUCAUGAUGGCCAGGAACUUCCACAACAUGUGCGGUAUCGCCACAAUGGCCAGCUAUCCUAAAGUUUAAUCACUUCCUUUGUGUAU